AUGAAGCAGGACGAGUGGCAUGGGCGUAUGAAGCAGGACGAGUGGCAUGGGCGUAUGAAGCAGGACGAGUGGCAUGGGCGUAUGAAGCAGGACGAGUGGCAUGGGCGUAUGAAGCAGGACGAGUGGCAUGGGCGUAUGAAGCAGGACGAGUGGCAUGGGCGUAUGAAGCAGGACGAGUGGCAUGGGCGUAUGAAGCAGGACGAGUGGCAUGGGCGUAUGAAGCAGGACGAGUGGCAUAGGCGUAUGAAGCAGGACGAGUGGCAUGGGCGUAUGAAGCAGGACGAGUGGCAUGGGCGUAUGAAGCAGGACGAGUGGCAUGGGCGAAUGAAGCAGGACGAGUGGCAUGGGCGUAUGAAGCAGGACGAGUGGCAUGGGCGUAUGAAGCAGGACGAGUGGCAUGGGCGUAUGAAGCAGGACCAGUGGCAUGCGUGCAUCUCCACGAGGCCAGCAUUCACCAGCAGCCACUGUUGCCACUGCACGUGGGCAGCAGUAGGGAAGGUGUGGAGUGCAGCAGAGAGCUCACCGUGGCGGCACCAAGGGCAAGCACGUCCCGCAGCUGGUGGCAACUGA